AUGGCGGGGAUGGCGGAGGCGCUGGCCAAGGAGCGGGCGGUGGCGGCGGGCGCUGGGCGGCACGACCGGGCUGUGCCUUACCUGGGGCAGCGCUUCGGGGCUCUGCGCCAGCAGUGCCUGCAGGAGGGGAGGCUCUUCCAGGACCCCUCCUUCCCCGCCGGCCCCAGCGCCCUCGGCUACCGGGAGCUGGGGCCCCGCUCGCACAAAACACAGGGCGUCGUCUGGCGCAGACCCACGGAGCUGUGUUCCAAGCCCCAGUUCAUAGCGGGAGGAGCCACUCGCACGGACAUCUGCCAAGGGGCCUUAGGAGACUGUUGGCUCUUGGCAGCCAUUGCUUCUCUCACCCUGAAUGAAGAAAUUCUGGCCCGUGUUGUUCCCAAAGACCAGAGCUUCCAGGAUAAAUAUGCAGGAAUUUUCCACUUCCAGUUCUGGCAGUAUGGGGAGUGGGUGGACGUGGUGGUGGACGACAGGCUGCCCACCAAGAACGGGGAGCUGCUCUUCGUGCACUCGGCGGAGGGCAGCGAGUUCUGGAGCGCGCUGCUGGAGAAGGCCUAUGCCAAGCUGAAUGGCUCCUACGAGUCCCUCUCUGGUGGCACCACCACCGAAGGCUUCGAGGACUUCACCGGUGGCAUUGCUGAGUGGUACGAGCUGCAGAAGCCACCCCCCAACCUCUUCAAGAUCAUUCAGAAGGCACUCCAGAAAGGCUCUCUCCUUGGCUGCUCCAUUGAUAUCACCAGUGCUGCAGAAACAGAAGCAGUCACCUCCCAGAAGCUGGUGAAGGGACACGCGUACUCGGUCACCGGGGCAGAGCAGGUGAACUUCCGAGGAACCGUGCAGAAGCUGAUCAGAAUCCGAAAUCCCUGGGGAGAAGUGGAGUGGACUGGGAAAUGGAAUGACAACUGCCCAAACUGGAGUGGUGUUGACCCUGAGGUGCGGGAGCGACUGACCAGGAGACACGAGGAUGGGGAAUUCUGGAUGGCGUUCAACGACUUCCUGAGGCAUUACUCCCGCCUGGAGAUCUGCAACCUGACUCCAGACACCCUGGCAAGUGACAGGUACAAAAAGUGGAGCCUGCAGAAGCUGGAUGGCAACUGGAGGAGAGGAGCCACUGCAGGGGGCUGCAGGAACUACCCAAACACAUUCUGGACAAAUCCUCAGUAUUUGAUCAAGCUGGAGGAAGAAGAUGAGGACCCUGAUGAUCCUGAGGGGGGCUGCACUUUCCUCAUUGGGCUGAUCCAGAAGCACCGUCGGAGGCAGAGGAAGAUGGGCGAGGACAUGCACACCAUUGGCUUUGCCAUUUAUGAGGUGCCCCCAGAGUUUUCUGGCCAGACAAAUAUUCAUCUGAGCAAAAACUUCUUCCUGACCAACAAAGCCCGGGAAAAAUCCAAUACCUUCAUCAACCUCCGGGAGGUGCUGAACCGCUUCAAGCUGCCUGCAGGGGAAUACAUCAUCGUGCCCUCCACCUUUGAGCCCGACAAGAAUGGAGACUUCUGCCUCAGGGUCUUCUCUGAAAAAAAUGCAAACUCCACGGUGAUAGAUGAUGAAAUUGAAGGCAAUUUUGAUGAGACUGAAAUCAGUGAAGAUGACAUCGAACCCAGCUUUAAAAAGCUUUUUGGGCAGCUAGCAGGAAAUGAUGCAGAGAUCUCUGCCUUUGAACUGCGCAGCAUCCUGAAUAGAAUCCUGGCUAAACGCCAAGAUAUUAAAUCUGAUGGAUUUAGUAUUGAGACAUGCAAAAUAAUGGUUGACCUGUUAGAUAAUGAUGGGAGUGGCAAACUGGGACUGAAGGAGUUCCACACCCUCUGGACAAAGAUUCAGAAAUACCAGAAAAUUUACAGAGAAAUUGAUGUGGAUCGAUCGGGUACCAUGAACUCGUAUGAGAUGAGGAGGGCACUGGAAACAGCAGGGUUCAAACUGAACUGCCAGUUACAUCAGGUCAUCGUGGCUCGUUUUGCUGACGAGGAUCUCGUCAUUGACUUUGACAACUUCGUGCGCUGUUUGAUUCGGCUCGAAACCUUGUUCAAAAUGUUUAGAAAACUGGAUACUGAGAAAAGUGGAACAAUAGAAUUGAACCUUGUUAAUUGGCUGUGCUUCACUGUCAUUUGAGCCACUGGCAGCAGCCUGAGACCUCAACAAAAGCAUGGGCAGGUGAAGAUAAUCAAGCUCCAUGCAAGUAAUAUGCAAACAUGAAUGUGCCUUAACUUACACAAAGCAAGCAGAUUCUGCAUGCAAUUGCAAGAAGAAAAGCAUUCUACUCCCA